ACUAUCGGAUACCUUGGUAGUUUAUUUCGGGCAGUCAUGGCAUUUGAGUGUGGCUCGUGCGACCGCCUAUUCUGGGCUGGCUGGAAAGCCAGAGAUCAACAUUGUUCUGCAAAAGGGCACCGCCAUCCGGACUUUGAGUGCGAUACAUGCCACUUUAUCUUCGACAAUGAACAGACCCGGCGCAGGCACAUGGACAUCUCGCGCCAUUGGAAUGAUGCUGCUGUCCCGUGCAAUGCCUGCAACUCGUUCCUCCCAACUGAGCAGGAGGCCAAGCAGCAUGAGGCAAAUGUUCAUAUCCGAUGCCGCGCAUGCGACCGUGACUUCAUGAACCGGAACAACCUUGUCCAGCAUUUGAACUCGUCCAUCCACCGCCAGACGAACGUCACAUGCCCCUUUUGCAAAUCUCAGCAUGGCACCGCCACGGGUCUGGUACACCAUUUGGAGCGGGGUUCUUGUCCUCGGGCCCCUCUGGAUAGGGACAGCCUCUACCGAGCAGUGAGGCAGUAUGAUCCCAACGGAGUUGUUUCAAAGAAGCUGCUCGAGUGGACCGGCUCAUCGUCCUACUCGGCUAAUGAGCGGGCCUGGAAUCCCUAUGCCGAAGCCUUUGAGUGCUACCUUUGUCACAGGCUCUUCAACACGCUGAAUGGCUUGAACCAGCACCUCAAUUCUCCUGUCCACCAACAGGCGCUCUAUCACUGUCCUAACCCCAGCUGCCGCCGUGACUUCACCACGCUCGCAGCAACCAUCAACCACCUGGAAAGCGAGUCGUGUGGUUUCAUGAAGUUUCGCGCGGUGCAAACCAACGUUGAGAGGAUUGUCAACCCAAAUAGAAUGUUGCAAUUCUAG